CUGACGGCGCUGGCCGGGCGUCCGCGGGCUGAACGCGGGACUGGCGCUGAGGUGGCAGCCGGGUUGGCCUGGCAGAUAAACAGAUGGACCGGAUGAGUCUGGGGAAGCCUUCCAACCCCCACAGACUGGGACAGGACUGCUCCUGAGGCCCCUCGGCCUCACCCUGCCUGCUGCGCCAUGUCAGGAAGCCACACCCCUUCUGCCGGCGGCCCCUUCUCGGCGCUGACCCCAAGCAUGUGGCCCCAGGAGAUUCUGGCUCGGUGCAAGCAGAAGGAGGAGUCUGCAGAGCAGCCCGAGGCCUACUAUGAUGAGUUUGGUUUCCGCGUGGACAAAGAAGAAGGUGCUGAGCCCAGCUGCAGUCCACUGCCAAGUGCAUCCCUGGUGGAGGAUCCUGCGCAGAGGCUGCGGUGGCAGGCCCACCUGGAGUUCACCCACAACCACGACGUGGGGGAUCUCACCUGGGACAAGAUUGCUGUCUCCCUGCCCCGCUCCGAGAAGCUGCGCUCCCUGGUGCUGGCUGGCAUUCCGCAUGGCAUGAGGCCACAGCUAUGGAUGCGGCUCUCUGGGGCCCUGCAGAAGAAGAAGAGCUCAGAGCUGUCCUACCGUGACAUGGUCAGGAACAGCUCCAACGACGAGACCAUCGCUGCCAAACAGAUCGAGAAGGACCUGCUCCGCACCAUGCCCAGCAACGCCUGCUUUGCCAGCGUGGACAGCGUCGGGGUGCCCCGCUUGCGCAGGGUCCUCCGGGCCCUGGCCUGGCUCUACCCUGAGAUUGGCUAUUGCCAGGGUACUGGCAUGGUGGCGGCCUGCCUCCUGCUCUUCCUGGAGGAGGAGGAUGCCUUCUGGAUGAUGGGGGCUGUCAUCGAGGACCUGCUGCCCGCCUCCUACUUCAGCACCACCCUGCUGGGUGUCCAGACUGACCAGCGGGUGCUGCGCCAGCUCAUCGUGCAGUACCUGCCCCGCCUGGACAAGCUUCUGCAGGAGCAUGACAUUGAACUGUCCCUCAUCACGCUGCACUGGUUCCUCACGGCCUUCGCCAGCGUGGUGCACAUCCGGCUGCUGCUGCGCAUCUGGGACCUGUUCUUCUACGAGGGCUCCCUGGUGCUGUUCCAGACCACACUGGGCAUGCUGCGCCUCCAGGAGGAGGAGCUGAUCCAGUCAGAGAACUCGGCUUCCAUCUUCAACACUCUGUCGGACAUCCCGUCGCAGAUGGACGACGCCGAGCUGCUGCUGGGGGAGGCCAUGCGGCUGGCCGGCUCCCUCACGGCUGUGGCUGUGGAGACCCAGCGCCGUAAACAUCUGGCCUACCUCAUUGCAGACCAGGGCCAGCUGCUGGGGACCGGCACCACCAGCAACCUCUCCCAGGUUGUGCGACGCAGGACGCAGCGCAGGAAGUCCGCCAUCAGCUCCCUGCUGUUCGGGGAGGAUGACCUGGAGGCGCUCAAAGCCAAGAACAUCAAGCAGACGGAGCUGGUGGCUGACCUCCGGGAGGCCGUCCUGCGCGUGGCUCGCCACUUCCAGUGCACGGAUCCCAAGAACUGCAGCGUGGAGCUGACUCCAGAUUACAGCAUGGAGAGCCACCAGCGGGACCAUGAGAACUACGUGGCCUGUUCCCGCAGCCACCGGCGCCGCGCCAAGGCCCUGCUGGACUUCGAGCGGCAUGACGACGACGAGCUGGGCUUCCGCAAGAAUGACAUCAUUACGAUCGUUUCUCAGAAGGACGAGCACUGCUGGGUCGGGGAGCUGAACGGCCUGCGAGGCUGGUUUCCGGCCAAGUUUGUGGAAGUCCUGGACGAGCGCAGCAAGGAGUACUCCAUCGCGGGGGAUGACUCUGUGACAGAGGGGGUCACGGACCUCGUGCGAGGGACCCUGUGCCCGGCCCUCAAGGCCCUGUUUGAGCAUGGACUGAAGAAGCCGUCCCUGCUUGGGGGUGCAUGCCACCCUUGGCUCUUCAUUGAGGAGGCAGCAGGCCGGGAGGUGGAGAGAGACUUUGACUCGGUGUACUCCCGCCUCGUGCUCUGUAAGACCUACAGGCUGGAUGAAGAUGGCAAAGUCCUGACCCCUGAGGAGCUGCUGUACCGGGCCGUGCAGUCCGUGAAUGUGACCCACGAUGCAGCGCAUGUGCAGAUGGACGUCAAGCUCCGCUCGCUCAUCUGUGUGGGGCUCAAUGAGCAGGUGCUGCACCUGUGGCUGGAGGUGCUGUGCUCCAGCCUGCCCACCGUGGAGAAGUGGUACCAGCCCUGGUCCUUCCUGCGCAGCCCUGGCUGGGUUCAGAUCAAGUGUGAGCUCCGUGUCCUCUGCUGUUUUGCCUUCAGCCUGUCUCAGGACUGGGAGCUCCCUGCCAAGAGAGAGGAGGAGAAGCGGCCCCUGAAGGAGGGCGUCCAGGACAUGCUGGUGAAGCACCACCUGUUCAGCUGGGACAUAGACGGCUGACGCCACCACCCUGCUGCCCUUGGGGCCCCGCCCGCAACAGGAAGUGUUACCAGGCUGACCAGCUGUGAGCCUGUCCUGGGACAGCAGCUGAGGGGCCGCAGGUGACUGGCUCAGUGCUUGCCACCAGUGCCCUUAGGGCAGCCCAGCGACAGCUGGCAGCCGGCACUGACCUGAUGCGCUGUGGGCACGCUCUGCUCAGCAAGGCAGGAGGGUGGCGGCGGGCUCCUGGCCGCUGAGGCUUCUGAAUAAACCAGCUGCGAGCACCACC